AUGCCCGACCAGAUGAUCCCAGACAUGCAGACGCCGAGUUUGAGGACAUCAUCGACGGACCCGGGUUGCUCCCAGGCUAUCGAGCAGCUGUAUGGGCUGAAAUUGGGGGAUGUCAAACCUCUACCAAAGGUCACUAUUAUUGGGGACAAAUCUUGCGGGAAAACGUCAAUCUUUGAGGCUUUGACCGGACUGUCCUUGCCGGCAUCGAGGCAUCUUCUGAGCAACUUCGCCAUCCACGCACAGUUCAAGCGCACGACGGACCAGGAUCCUACUGUCAAGGCACAUAUCCGCCCUGGGCCGCUAAAAAGUCAAGACAAGGCUGUCUUGCGGCACUUGGAAAGCUUCCAGGUGGCCAACAAUGGGCCACUGACCGGCGAUGACUUUACCGAUAUUCUGGAAAAGGCUGCCAACCGCAUGUGUAUCGCAAUUGUCGAUCGAGACGCCGGCGGCGACCAUGAGCAAGUGGGCAACCAGCAACACCUUUCCGAUAAUGUCCUCGUCGUCGAGAUUUCAGGACCCGAUGUCAACAGCCUGAGCGUUGUUGAUUUCCCUGGCUUUAUGCACAAUUCUGCACUUCUUGAUGCCCGUGAAAUACAGGCUGUAAAGAGUUUGGUGAUGAGCUGCAUCGAGGAACCCCAGUCAAUCAUCCUGGCCGUCGUGGAUGCCACGAACCAGAUUGAAAACCAAGUGGCUCUCGAAUUUGCCCGCGCCGUUGAUCCUGAGGGCGACCGAACGAUUGGUGUGCUGACAAAGUGCGAUAUUGUUCAGCGAGGCGACGAGAACAGGGUUCUGCGACUUACCCGCAACAAGGAGCAUCAUCUAGCCCAAGGAUGGUUCGCCCUCAAGAACCUAUCGACGCAGGAACGCCGCGAUGGCCUGGGUUUCGACCGGCGGAAUGUGGUCGAGGGUGACUUCUUCUCGCAACCCCCCUGGAACGAGAUCGAUCGCAGCCGGGCUGGUAUCAAGUCCCUCAAAGAGUUUCUGGGCGAUCGAGCCAACGGCAUGCUCCAGGAAAAUGUCAACCUGCUGCUGGAGAAGAUUCAGAUCCUGACAGAGUCCUCAUCCGCCAGCACAGGGCUCAAUGCUGGCAGCGUCGGGCUCACUCCCAUCCAGACGGGACUCAAUUCUAGCGGCACCGGACUCACUUCGGUCAGAGCAAGGUUCGCGGAUAGCACCGUCACGGUGGAUGAGAAGCGAGAGCGUCUCCGUACAGUGAUCGAGUUCCCAUCCGAGGCCGACCCGCCGAGCAGCGAGAAGCACGGCACCGAUCUGGAGGCCGGGUCGAUCAAGAAACGACCGACGAUGCUGAUCAAUGCGUGCACCGUCGGCCUGACCAUAGCUCUGGUCCUGACGCUGGUGGGACUUGGCUGCCGGCAGCUGGCGCAGGAGAUUGCGACUGAUGGUGACUGGUACCGCCUGUUUCUGCUUGUCACUACGCCUCUGCAAAUCUUUGUCAGUCUGUUCUUCUGCCAAGCCAUCAUAUGCUCGAUUGCGCAGCUCCUCGGACCGGUGAGCCAGGUGAAUGCGAAUUCGAAAUUCUUCUCGGCCAAAGCCGUAAAGCGGCUGAACGUCAUGGACGGGCCGCUGCCCCACGUGACGAUCCAGUGCCCCGUCUACAAGGAGGGGCUGGAGGCCGUCAUCGAGCCGACCGUCAAGUCUCUCGAGGCAGCGAUCCGCAACUACGAGUCUCACGGCGGGACGGCCGGCAUCUUCAUGAACGACGACGGAAUGCAGCUGCUCUCACCGGAGGAGGCGGCCGAGCGCAAGGCCUACUACGCGGCCCACAACAUCGGGUGGGUGGCGCGGCCGAAGCACAACCCCAAGGGCGAGGGGCUGGGCCGGUUCAUCCGGCGAGGCAAGUUCAAGAAGGCGUCCAACAUGAACUACGCGCUGGGGGUCAGCCUCAAGGUCGAGGACAAGCUGGCGACGGUGGACCGCAGCGGCGUCUGGACGCAGGCUGAGGAGGAGGAGGCCUACCAGAGGUGCCUGGGCGAGGUGCUGGACGAGGAGCUGGGCCGGGCGUGGGCCGGGGGCAACAUCCGCGUGGGCGACUACAUCCUCAUCAUCGACUCGGACACGCGGGUGCCGGUGGAGUGCAUGAUCGACGCGGUCAGCGAGCUCGAGGAGUCGCCGCAGGUGGCCAUCCUCCAGUUCUCGUCGGGCGUCAUGAACGUCACGACCGGCUACUUCGAGAUGGGCAUCACCUUCUUCACCAACCUCAUCUACACGGCCAUCCGCUACGCCGUGGCCAACGGCGACGUGUCCCCCUUUGUCGGGCACAACGCCUUCCUGCGGUGGUCGGCCCUGCAGGAGGUCAGCUUCGAGUCGGAGGGCAGCCGGCACGGCGACCCGGAUCUUGCCCCGGGCGAGAAGGACCCCAAUUCGACGACGCCCUACGAGAAGUUCUGGUCUGAGUCGCACGUCUCCGAGGACUUUGACAUCUCCCUCCGUCUGCAGACCAUGGGCUACCACAUCCGUCUGGGGUCCUACUGCGGCGACGACUUCAAGGAGGGCGUCUCGCUGACCGUCUACGACGAGCUCGCGCGCUGGGAGAAGUACGCCUACGGCUGCAACGAGCUGCUCUUCCACCCCGUCAGGCUGUGGUGGCGGCGCGGGCCCUUCACCCCGCUCUUCCUGCGCUUCAUCCUCUCCAGCAUGCCCAUCGGCUCCAAGGUCAGCAUCAUGGCCUACGUCGGCACCUACUACGCCAUCGGCUUCGCCUGGAUAGGCUCCCUGCUCAACUACUUCCUCAUCGGCUGGGCCAACGGCCACCUGGACCACUACUACAUGAACAGCUGGCGCGUCUGGGUCGCCCUCAUCGUCGUCUUCUCGGGGGCCGGAAACCUCGCCCUGGCCGUGGUCCGGUACCGCAGCGAGAACACCACGCUGCUCGGCCAGGUCUGGACCUGCUUCCGCUGGGCUCCCCUCCUCUUCGUCUUCCUCGGCGGCAUCUCCGUCCACGUCUGCCAGGCUAUCCUGUGCCACAUGUUCUCCAUCGACAUGUCGUGGGGUGCGACCGCAAAGGAGGUGUCCGACACGUCCUUCUUCAUCGAGAUGCCCAUGAUCGCCCGCCGCUUCAAGUUCGUCUUUGUCUUCUGCAUCUGCAUGACGGGCCUGAUGAUCUGCGGCGCCUGUGCCUUUCCUUACCUCUGGAGGAUCGAUCAGCUCAUUGCCAUCUUCCCACUGGGCUGUGUCGUCUUCAGCCACUUCUUUCUACCCGUCUUGUUGAACCCGGCGUUGAUGAAGUUUACGUGGUAA